UAUAAUAUACGUCUAUUAACAAGCUCAUUGGUGUGUUUAGUGGGACAAGCGGAAGACAAAGUUGGAGAAAAUGCGGUAGUUUAUAAAUGAUUGUUUCCGUGCGGCCCUGAAGCAAAUGCGUCAUAUUAAUGCGCGUUGUGAAGCAAGCCGCGAAAAGCCAACGCGGAAGUGAAGUCCCUAUAACUGUUUGGCUGUUGCUGCGCACUCUUUGGUAGAAGUUCGCCUCCACGCACACACACACACACAUGUCAGCGGAGUUUGUCCGUCUGUCACUUUGCGAGGCGCGUUUGCAGACAACAUGGACUCCACGACUUUCUGACAGCCGCGUGGGAACGACUUCCGACGCUUUUUUUUUUUUUGUUCCGACACGCCAUAUGUGGCGUCUCCUGUCCUCGCAUUUUGGACAAGCGACGUCCCCCGUGCUAACCCCCCGCUAGCACCUAGCUCGCUAUGCUAUCUGACUCCUGAAGUGCAUCAUUGCUAUUUUAGUCGGCCUUUAUUUAUUUGACUUUUUUUUUUAUUCCCGCCAACAACAAAAAAAAAGAAAAAAAAGUGGACGAGAUGGGACUGCACCCGCUGGAGUUCAGCGAGUGCUACCUGGACAGCCCCAGCUUCAGGGAGAAGAUCAAGGCUCACGAAGCCGAGCUGGACAAAACCAACAGGUUCAUCAAGGAGCUCUACAAAGAUGGCAAGAACCUCAUCAACGCCACCAAGCAGCUGGGGAUGGCACAGCGCAAGUUCGCUCAGUGCCUGGGAGAGUUUCAGUUUGAGUACAUCGGCGACGCAAAGACAGACGACGAGAGGUGCAUCGAUGAGUCAUUGCAGGAGUUCUCCUCAUUCCUCAAGAACCUGGAAGACCAAAGAGAGCUGAUGAUGAGAAACAUCACGGAGACACUCAUGAAGCCCCUGGAGAAGUUCCGGAAAGAUCACCUUGGCACAGUAAGGGCGCAGAGGAAAAAGUAUGAGAAAGAAACAGAGAAGUACUACAGCUCGCUGGAGAAGCUUCUCAACAUGUCUGCAAAGAAGAAAGAACCCCACCUACUGGAGGCAGACGUCCAGGUGGAAACCAUGAGGCAGCACUUCCAGGAGGAGUCGCUGGACUACGUGUGCAGGCUGCAAGAGAUCCAGGAGAGGAAGAAGUUUGAAUGCGUGGAGCCGAUGCUGGCUUUCUUUCAGACGGUCUUCACUUUUUACCACCAGGGUUUCGAGCUUGCCAAGGACUUCGACCAUUAUAAAAAAGCACUGCAGAUCAAUAUUCAGAAUACGAGGAGUCGGUUUGAGGGCGCGCGCUCUGAGGUCUACGAUCUCAUGAAAAGGAUCCGGGAGGUGCCUAAGGACUACAGACAGACCAGCUCCAUCAGCUAUGAAGGCUACCUCUACGUCCAGGAAAAACGGCCACCGCCCUUUGGUUCCAGUUGGGUGAAACGUUACUGCACCUUUGUCAAAGAGCAGAAGAUCCUGCAUAUGGUGACCUUUGACCACAGAUCUGGUGGAAGGACUGGUGAGAUGGAGUCAGUUACUCUCAAGUCCUGCCUCCGCAAAACGACAGACAUGUUGGACCGAAGGUUCUGCUUGGAGCUGGACAUAACAGACCGGCCAGGAACAGCCCUCACAGUGCAGGCUCUUUCGGAGGGGGACCACAAGUUCUGGAUGCAGGCCAUGGGCGGGAAGGAGCCUAUUGGACACUAUCUUGGAAGGACCUAUUCCAAAGAGAGAGGAAUCGAUGCCCAGCUGGAUGAAGUGGGUUUGGAUUUUGUGAAGAACUCCAUCAGCGCCAUAGAAACAAGAGGUAUCAAUGACCAAGGUCUGUACAGAGUUGUGGGAGUAAGCUCCAAGGUCCAGAAGCUCCUCUCAUUAAUGAUUGAGAAGAGCAACGACGUAGAUCUGUCCAACAGCGAGGACUGGGACGUCAAGACCAUAACCAGCGCGCUGAAGCUGUACCUGAGGAGCCUUCCCGAGCCACUGAUGACCUACGGACUUUACAAGGAGUUCAUCAGCCCUGCGAAGGGCGGCAGUCCAGAGUCUCGCAUCCAGGCGGUCCACUGCCUGGUCCACAAGUUACCGGAGAAGAAUCGACAAGUCCUGGGGCUGUUUAUGAAGCAUCUGGCCAACGUGGCUGCCCACAGUAAACACAAUCUGAUGACCGUGGCGAAUUUGGGUGUGGUCUUCGGCCCGACGCUGAUGAGGCCGCAGGAGGAGACGGUCGCUGCCAUCAUGGAUCUGAAGUUCCAGAACAUCGUGGUGGAGAUCCUCAUAGAGCACAAUGAAAAGAUCUUUUCCGAUGCUCCCGAGUCAUGCCCCCUUUCAACCCCUGCCCCAGUUCUCUGCGCUCCCACCAGGCAGUCCAAGAAGAUGAAUAGGCAGAACCGUCCCCUGGCUGUCUACAAUCCACAAUCCCUGGACAUUCAGACCGUGUGCGACCUCGCCAACGACGAAACAUCUAUGGGCAGCAAUGAGUCCGUGUCGUCCCAGUCUUCAACCGCUUCUGUGCCGGAGACGCCGUCGGACAAGGGCGACCACGUCCCGCUGAGCACCAGCCUCUCCUCAGGCAGCAACUCCAGAGCAUCCACUGCAGCAGCCUCCUGGUUAGGAGAAGGCCAGCAUGUUUCCACACCUGACAAAGAAAAGCCACAUGAGAGUGUCAGCGGCAGGAAAGCCAAGGCAGUGUUUCCGUGCGAGGCCGAGCACGACUCGGAGCUCUCCUUCCAGGUCGGCGCAAUUUUCAAUGCCGUAACCCCGUCCAGAGAGCCGGGCUGGCUGGAAGGGGAACUGCAGGGCAAACGGGGCCUCAUCCCUGAGAACUAUGUGGAGAUGCUGUAGACCCCCGAUGCAGACAAAGAUUAUUACUGUUAUUACAACGAUGUGCACGUGCCUUUGUGGUCACCACCCAGCCUUGUUCACCAGAAUGUUUGUGGACUUGAUAUGAACCGCACCUACUUUUAUCCUAUGCAUGCUUGCUGUCGUCGAGGAAACCACAUGGGGUUUUAUUCCUCCGCACUGCUGUAAAACCCAGGUCGCGUCUUUUGGCUGCCCCCCCACUUAUACAUGGUAUCCAUGGUAAGCCCCUCCCACAGCAUGGGCCUUUUGGAGCAGAGAUCCCCGAGUGUAUGAAUGGCCAUAAAUCACCAGCUGUUCUCUCCCACUGCUAAUUUCUCACUACAAAGCACCUUUCGUGGUUCUGCUGCGCAUCACUUUGAAUGUCUGACCAGGCUUCGUAACGAGGGGGCCGGGCUAUAGCUUUAAUUCACAACACCAGCGUAGUUUUUCGCUAUAAAAAGGUGGCUCGCGGGCAACCGUCUCCCGAUCGAUGCCAAUGUCAAAGAUCAGCAGUUACACUUUUGUUCAUUUUGAAGAGCAUGCCAAAGAUGACCUUUUGUGUCCUCCUGCUAUUGCGAGAAUGUGACCGAGUGGCACAUCCUGCGCUCGAUGAUCUCUGUUCGCGACAAGCGCAACAUAGUGAUGCAAAAAAUCUAGGACACAAUGACGCGUCUUUUUCUCGCGUAAUCUGUUGUCGCAGGGACUACAAAGAGUGAUGCAUCUUUUAUUUUUUGUGUGUAAUCUGUACUCGCACAAACUACAAGACUUUUAUCGGAAUAUCUGCAUUUGCGAAAACUACAAAGUAUUUUUGCUGUGUGAUCUGUAGGUGGCACAAACUACAAGAUUUAUCGGACUAUCUCCAUGUGCAAAAACUAAUCUGCAGUUGCUUUCAUUGAAAUAUCUCGAUUUAAAGUAUUUUUGGGGGGUAAUCUGUAGUCUUGAAAUUCACAGGGAGCGUGGUCCAUCAUCUGGCGGGCAAUCUUUUUGUUUGUAAAAACGUAAAGUGAAACAGUAAAUCAUUUUUUUUGGAGUGUGGUACUCUCAUACAAAAAUGUUCGGAUUAUCCUUAUUUGCAUAAAAUCACAACAAUGUGAUGCAUCUUUUAUUGUAUAAUCUACACUCCCGAAAAACUACAAACGUGCUCCAUCUUCUGCUAGGUCACCUGUAGUCGCAAAAACUAAGGACUUUUAUCGGAAAAGCUGCAUUCGCAAAAGCUACAACAAAGUAUUUUGUCUGCGUGAUCUGUAGGUCGCACAAACUACAAGACUUUUAUCGGACUAUCUCAAUGUGCAAAAACUAAUCUGUAGUUACUUUCAUCGGAAUAUCUCGAUUUCUGAAAACUACGCCAAAGUAUUUAUUUAGGUGGUAAUCUGUAGUCCUGAAAUGUACAGCAAGAGUGGUCCAUCUUCUCGUGGGCAAUCUCUUUGUUUGUAAAAACGUAAAGUAAAACAGUAAAUAAUUUUUUUUGGAGUGUGGUACUCUCAUACAAAAAUUUUCGGAUUAUCCUUAUUUGCAUAAAAUCACAACAAUGUGAUGCAUCUUUUAUUGUAUAAUCUACACUCCCGAAAAACUACAAACGUUAUCCAUCUUCUGCUAGGUCACCUGAAGUCGCAAAAACGAAGGACUUUUAUCGGAAAAGCUGCAUUCGCAAAAGCUACAACAAAGUAUUUUGGCUGCGCGAUCUGUAGGUCGCAGAAACUACAAGACUUUUAUCGGACUAUCUCAAUGUGCAAAAACUAAUCUGUAGCUACUUUCAUCGGAAUAUCUCGAUUUCUGAAAACUACGCCAAAGUAUUUAUUUAGGUGGUAAUCUGUAGUCCUGAAAUGUACAGCAAGAGUGGUCCAUCUUCUCGUGGGCAAUCUCUUUGUUUGUAAAAACGUAAAGUGAAACAGUAAAUCAUUUUUUUUGGAGUGUGGUACACUCUUACAAAAAUUUUCGGAUUAUCCUUAUUUGCAUAAAAUCACAACAAUGUGAUGCAUCUUUUAUUGUAUAAUCUACACUCCCGAAAAACUACAAACAUUAUCCAUCUUCUGCUAGGUCACCUGUAGUCGCAAAAACUAAGGACUUCUAUUGGAAAAGCUGCAUUCGCAAAGGCUACAACGUAUUUUUGCUGCGUGAUCUGUAGGUCGCACAAACUACAAGACUUUUAUCGGACUAUCUCAAUGUGCAAAAACUAAUCUGUAGCUACUUUCAUCGGAAUAUCUCGAUUUCUGAAAACUACGCCAAAGUAUUUAUUUAGGUGGUAAUCUGUAGUCCUGAAAUGUACAGCAAGAGUGGUCCAUCUUCUCAUGGGUGAUCUCUUUGUUUGUAAAAACGUAAAGUAAAAGAGUACACCUUUUUUUUUUGGAGUGGGGUACUCUUGUCACACAAACUACAAAAUUACGACAAUGUGAUGCAUCUUUUAUUGUGUAACUACACUCCCGAAAAACUACAAACGGGGUCCAUCUUCUGCUGGGUCAUCUGUAGUCGCAAAAACUACAAGACUUUUAUCGCAUAAGCUACAACAAAGUAUUUUUGCUCCGUGAUCUGUAAGUCGCACAAACUACCAAAACUUUUAUCGGACUAUCUCCAUUUGCAAAAACUAAUCUGUAGUUGCUUUCAUGGGAAUAUCUCGAUUUCUAAAAACUACGGCAAAUAAUUUUUUCGUGGGGGGUAAUUUGUAGUCCUGAAAUGUACAGCAAGAGCGGCCCAUCUUCUCGUGGGCGAUCUCUUUGUUUGUAAACAUGUAAAGUAAAAGAGUACACCUUUACGACAAUGUGAUGCAUCUUUUAUUGUGAAUACUACACUCCCGAAAAACUACAAACGGGGUCCAUCUUCUGCUGGGUCAUCUGUAGUCGCAAAAACUACAAGACUUUUAUCGCAAAAGCUACAACAAAGUAUUUUUGCUCCGUGAUCUGUAAGUCGCACAAACUACCAAAACUUUUAUCGGACUAUUUCCAUUUGCAAAAAGUAAUCUGUAGUUGCUUUCAUCGGAAUAUCUCGAUUCCUAAAAACUACGGCAAAUAAUUUUUUUGUGGGGGGUAAUAUGUAGUCCUGAAAUGUACAGCAAGAGUGGUCCAUCUUCUCAUGAGCGAUCUCUUUGUUUGUAAACACGUAAAGUAAAAGAGUACACCUUUACGACAAUGUGAUGCAUCUUCUGUUGGGUCAUCUGUAGUCGCAAAAACUACACAUCGAUACAUCUUUCAUUUGAAAAAACUACGACAAAUGAUUUUUGUUGGGUAAUCUGUAGUCUCACUAACUACGAAGGUGAUGCUUCUUUUUACCGGAAUAUCCCCAUAAGCAAAAACUUCAACCAAGUAUUUUUGUUGAGUAAUCUGUAGUCCUGAAAUGUGCAAUAAGUGUGGUGCAUCUUCUUGUGGGUGGUAAUGUAACGUACAACACUACAUUUUUUUUUUUACGUACUCUGUAGAGACACAAACUACAAGAAUGAUUCAUAUUUUGUCAGAUUAUUUCUAUUUUUUUUUUAAAACUACACAAUAAAAGAUGCAUCACAUUAUUGUAAUCUAUAAUCCUGAGAAACUACCAAGUGUGGUCCAUCUUCUGUUGGUCGCAAAAACUUUAUAACACGGGGAUACAGCUUUCAUUUGCAAAAUCUAGAACGAUGUGAUACUGUGAGUCUUUUGUCGAGUCCGGAAACCUGCGAGCGAAGCCCGUUAUGUGGUUUAGUUUUGUGUUUGCAAAAACCACAACAAAGUGAUACAUCUUUUGUUGUCUAAUCUAUAGUCCUGAAAACUACUCUGAGUGUUAGUUCUUCUGUCGGAUCUUCAUCGUUUCCCAAAAAUACACCAGAGUGAUACAUCAGCACAGCACCUGUUUAUUCUGAGCUGCUAACAAUUUUGGAUUCCGAAUAAGAUCUGGUUUUGUCGUCCGUGCACUCCUUUUCCAAUCCAAUCAUGCUUUCUCGAUACGGAACCAGAAGAUCAGCAGAGAUCCACUUCUAUUGAGAUUUUUUUUAUUAUCAAUAUUGGAGCCGAGCAUAUUUGUUGUAAAAUGAUUAGUUGCGUUCGUGUAAUGUAUUUUAAACUCUGUUCCUUCCCGAGCAGACCGAUGAGACACUCCCGCAAAAUGUUUGAUUUAACAAGUUUUAUUUUUCAUGUUUCAAUACCAAUGGUGAAUGAUUUUAAUUGUAAACCAGCUCAUAAAAUACAGUAUUUUACA